GUGCAAUCAUAAGGGCAGAGCAAAGCUGAGGAAACGGAUGCUUGUUGAAGAGUAUUGUGAUAACAGUACCAUUCACGGAGUUAGAUACAUUACUAAACAAGAUAUUCACUUGUUUGAAAGAUUUUGGUGGAUAGUUAUGGUAUCAUGCUCGUUGAUAGGUUGUGCAAUUACAAUUUCACAAUCGUAUAUGAAGUGGGACAACAAUCCCGUUAUCGUUACAUUCUCCGAGAAAAUGACCCAUCUGAAACAUCUACCAUUCCCAGCUGUUACAAUUUGCCCAGAAACGAAAAGUCAAAAAAGUAUUUUUGACUAUAGAGAUACAUUGAGGAAAAUCAGUUUUGAGGCUGGCCCACCGCUUUAUAAUCUAUCAGAAAGAGAGUUAAAGUACGCUUCUGCCCAAUUUCAAAUUUGUGAUCCACUCAUACUCAGCAAUGACAAUAACAUUGGUGAUAAUUUUACGACCGACAUUAUUUUCGAUUUAAUAAAAGAAGUUGCACCAUCCAUGCAACGUUCGCUGAUGACAUGCUCGUUCAGAACGUUGUCGGGAAUUUGUGAUAACAUUUUUGAAGAAAUCAUAACUGCUGAUGGUCUCUGUUUCACAUUCAAUUCCCUGUAUCCGAAAGAAAUGUUCAUGGAAGGUGUCAGUGACAAAUUCAUGUCCACUUACAAUUAUAAUAUGUCGGAUCAUAUGCAUUGGACAUUAGAGGACGGUUAUGCGAACGGUUUUGAAGAUGACAGAGCUGCGGGUAUAUACCUUUAUCCAUAUCGAGUCAUAAAUGCUGGUUCCAAAGCUGGAUUAGACAUCGUUAUGGCAAUGAAAAUGCAAGAUUUGGAUUAUUCGUGUCGUGGACCAGUGCAAGGAUUUAAAGUGGUUUUGCAUCCUUCAGAUGAAUUGCCUCAGGUUGAUGGCCAGUUUUUCCGAAUUCCAGUCGGACAAGCCGUUCGUGUCUCCAUCAAACCAAAUGUGUUAAGGACAACAAAAUCUCUUACUGGCUUACAUCCUAAAAGGCGACAAUGUUUCUUCAACUUUGAACGCAGACUGCGCUACAUGAGAACGUACAGUAAACGAAAUUGUGAAAUGGAAUGCUUGGCCAAUUACACACUGGGAUUUUGUGGAUGCGUAAAAUUUUCAAUGCCUCACGACAGAACAACGCCAAUUUGUGGCAUAGCUAAGGUGAAUUGUUACAUUGAGGCAGAAAUGGAUUUAUUGGAGGACUCCGAUACAGUUGAAACGUCCAAGAAAAUUAAUAGCUGUAACUGCCUGCCAGCUUGUACCAGCAUUUCCUACGAUACUGAAAUAUCGCAGUCGUCAUACGAAUGGAAAAACUUUUACAAAGCCUUAAAUCAUACCGGAGCGGUGGUUGAAGGGUAUCAAUUUGCCUCCUUUUCCAUUUUCUUCAAAGAAAAUCAGUUCAUUACAUCGAAACGCUCCGAGCUAGUUGGACUUACAGAUUUUGUGUCGUCUUGUGGAGGUCUACUGGGACUAUUUAUGGGUGUUUCAAUACUGAGCAUAGUUGAGCUCUUCUAUUACGUUUCAUUGCGGCUAUUUUGCUUCAUGCGAUCACGUAAAAUUGAAGAAGAACGGCAAAUGCUGCCGAAACUGAAACUCAGAGGUGAAUCGCAAAGAAGGCCGUGGUACAUCGAAAGAAUUUAGUCCAACUUUUCAAU